AUUUCAUUUUUUUGAUGAUUGGCACAAUCAAUCUCUUUGGUGAUUGUCGGAUAUGAUUUUACAUUCUUCUCAAUGGAGUUGGUGCCUUGUAGAAAUCAGUCAUCAGAUGCAUCAGAAAUUGAUCCUAUUUUGUGUCCAUCAACUUUCAAGGAUGGUUCUGAGGAGUCUGAGUCUUCAUCUGAAAUUAGAUCAGCGGGUGAUGGUGAUUAUGAGAAUCUUGAAGCUGAUGAAAUCUCUAGGCUGGUGGCUACAGAACAACCACAAUGCCGAAUUUGCCUUGAAAUCGGAGGUGAGGAUUUGAUUGCACCAUGUCAUUGCAAAGGCACACAGAAGUAUGUGCAUCGGUCAUGUCUUGACAAUUGGAGAUCAACCAAGGAAGGGUUUGCAUUUUCACAUUGUACGGAGUGUAAGGCUGUGUUUAUCUUGCGUGCAAAUGUGCCCCCUGAUCGCUGGUGGUUGAGAAUUAAGUUUCAGCUCCUUGUUUUGAGGGACCACACACUCAUAUUUGUUAUCGUGCAGCUGGUUGUGGCUUUUUUCGGUAUGCUAGUUUACAGAUUCUAUGGUGAUGAGCUAAGGGAAAUGUUUGGCUAUGAGGAACACCCAUAUGGGUUUUAUACCAUGGCAAUCUUGGCCGUUAUCUUGGUGGGUUUGCUAUAUGGAUUCUUCAUAGCCAUAAUCUGCGGGCAGAGGAUCAAUGAGCGCCAUUACCAUGUUCUUGCAAAGCAGGAGCUAACAAAGGAAUAUGUGGUAGAAAACCGAGAUGAAAAUAAGGAUCUACCAGAGCUGGAUCCCAGUGAUGUUAUGGAGCUGAGAAUGAUGGGACUAUAUUGAAUUGAAGUUUUUCUUCAAUCUCUCUCGAACCAUUCAGCAAGUUAAGAGAAAUCUACAGAUUGUAAAGAUUAGAAUUUUCAAAGUAGCUGAGGUUAUGAUGUUCAAAUUCUGUCGAUAGCUCUGUUUCUUGGGUGAACAAAGGAGGAUUGAGAUCGUGAAGAACGAAGAAGCAAAGGAACCCAUUGAACGUCACUUCCCUUCAUGUUUUGUUUUUAAUUUUUUAAAGCAAGGAUGCUUGCUUAUUCUUGAGGGAAAGAAGAAUUAUUUCAUAUUUUAGCACUCUCCAGUUGUAAAUUUAUUUUUUGUUUAUUUUAAAAUGUUUUUUUUUAUUUUUUAUUUUUAUAAACUAUUAAGAUUUAAUGUGUUGCAUGUUGAGUUGCAUUUGUGCAAUAAAUAGUCAUUAAUUUAUUUAGCUA